AUGGAACCUCGCGAAAAAACGUAUUUCGAACAGCAGCGAGAGGCCCUCAUUGGCGAAAUUGCCAUGAGCUUCGAGCAUGUGCUCGCCAACAUCAACAAGCUGAACCGAUCCCUCGAAGCCGUGAUUGCGGUUGGGAAUGAGUUCUCAUCCGUCGAGGCACUCUGGUCCCAGUUCGAGAAUGUAAUGGCAAAAGACGAGGACGGCCCCAAGGCAGGGGAGGGGCAGCAGCAGGAGGAGCAGCAUCACGACGACGACGACAACGACGACAGCCAUCUGGAAACAGAGGUGGCAGCUGAAGACGAGGAUGAGGAAAUGGACGAGGACAUCACGAUUAAAUGA